UGAGAUCUCAAUGUGUCAGCUGGAAUAUGCCCAAAAUAAAACUCAAUGGCAUCACAGUGGACUUUCCAUUUCAACCUUACAAAUGCCAGGAAGAGUACAUGUCCAGAGUGUUGGAAUGCCUACAAAAGCAAGUGAAUGGGAUUUUGGAGAGUCCCACGGGGACGGGGAAAACAUUAUGCCUCCUGUGUUCAACGUUGGCCUGGCAGGAGCACUUCAAAGAUGCUAUCUCUGCACAGAAGAUUGCCCAACGGCUUGGUGGAGCAGAACUUUUUGCUGACCGACCAAUGUCAUCUUGGGGUAAUGCUGUCACAGAUGCUGAGCUCCCAGCUUAUUACACCGAUAUUCCAAAAAUAAUUUAUGCCUCUAGAACUCAUUCUCAGCUUACUCAGGUCAUCGGUGAAUUAAAGAACACAGUAUACAGGCCCAAAGUAUGUGUCUUGGGUUCCAGAGAGCAACUUUGCAUCCACCCUGAAGUUAAAAAGCAGGAAAGUAACCAUGUACAGAUCCACAUGUGCCGUAUGAAAGUAACGACUCGUACCUGUCAUUUCUAUAACAACGUAGAAGAGAAGAGCACUGAGAAGGAUCUGAUCAAUCCCAUCUUGGAUGUUGAAGACCUUGUAAAAAGCGGAAACAAGCACAGAGUUUGCCCCUAUUACCUUUCUCGGAGUCUGAAGCAACAGGCAGAUAUAAUUUUUAUGCCUUACAACUAUCUCCUGGAUUCAAAGAGUCGAAGAGCUCACAACUUAGACUUGAAGGGGACUGUCGUAAUACUUGAUGAAGCUCACAACGUAGAAAGGCUUUGUGAAGAGCUGGCAUCAUUUGAUCUGACUCCUUACGACUUGGCUUCAGCAGUGGAUGCCAUCAAUAUUGUGCUAGAAGAGCAAGCCAAAAAAGUUCAGCAAAAUGAAUUCAACUCUGAGUUCAAUAUGGAUCGUGUCAGCUCAGAACUAAACAUGGAACUUGAAGACAUAGCAAAGAUAAAGAGGAUUCUUCUUCAGCUGGAAGAUGCAGUUGAUUCUGUAGAGUUAGCACCAGAUGGAAGUGGACUUACUAAGGAUGGAAGCUAUAUUUUUGAUCUGUUUGCAAAGGCCCAGAUCACAUUCCAAACACAGAGUUCUAUUCUUGAAUCCCUGGAACAAAUUCAGCAGUAUUUAGCAGGCCGUACUGGGAUAUUCACCAACACUGCUGGGUUGCAUAAAUUUACUGACAUAAUCCAGACUGUUUUUAACUUUGGGUCAUCCGAAGGAACCUCUGCUUCAAUGCCAAGCGGCUCAGUAUCAAAAUAUUAUAAGGUCCACAUCCAUCCAGACCGUGGUAAUCAGAGAAAGAAACAGAGAACUGACCUGUGGAAUUCAUCUGUAACUAAAAAGCAAGGCAAGGUCUUGAGCUACUGGUGCUUCAGCCCCGGAUACAGCAUGCAUGAACUUGUGCGCCAGGGAGUCCGGACAAUCAUUCUGACUAGUGGAACACUCUCCCCUAUGUCUUCUUUUACUAUGGAAAUGCAGAUCCCUUUCCCCAUUUGUUUGGAAAACCCGCAUGUUAUCGAUAAACACCAGGUAUUUGUGGGGAUACUUCCUAAAGGACCUGAUGGAGGUCUGCUAAGUUCAACCUAUGAAAAAAGAUUUUCACCAGAAUGUCUCUCUUCUCUUGGGAAAACAAUAGGAAAUCUUGUGAAAAUCAUACCUCAUGGGCUGCUUGUGUUCUUCCCUUCAUAUCCUGUCAUGGAUAAAAGCCUGGAGUAUUGGAGAGACCACAGUUUUGUGGAGAAAAUUGAAGCAGUGAAGCCCAUUUUUGUGGAACCACGAAACAAAGGAACAUUUACUGAGGUCAUAGAUGCCUAUUAUGAGAAAAUUGUUUGUCCCAAGUCUAACGGUGCUGUUUUCCUGGCUGUCUGCCGAGGGAAGGCCAGUGAAGGUUUGGACUUUGCUGAUACGAACGGGCGAGGGGUUAUCAUCACAGGCCUUCCUUUUCCACCUCGCCUGGACCCCAGGGUCGUUUUAAAGAUGCAGUUCUUGGAUGAGAUGAGGGCCAGAAGUGGCGGAGGACAGUAUUUAUCUGGAAAUAGCUGGUAUAAACAGCAGGCUUCUCGUGCAGUAAACCAGGCCAUUGGCAGAGUCAUCCGGCAUCGGCAGGACUUUGGUGCCAUCUUCCUUUGUGAUCACAGGUUCAUGAACACAGAUGCAAGAGCCCAGUUGCCUUCUUGGGUGCGCCCCUAUGUGAAGAUUUAUGAAAACUUUGGGCAUGUGGUUAGAGAUGUGUCUCAGUUCUUCCGCACUGCACAACAAUGUAUGCCAGCUCCAACAUCUCGAGUUCCUUCUUGCAGCACCAUCAAAGAAGAAGGAAACCCUGCACCUUCUACUUCCCACAAGCAAUUUAUUUCUUCCACAAAAGCCAGCAAUUUGGAUGACCACGUUCCUAGUUUGAAAAGGAAGCGGAUGGAUAAUGGCGUGGCCAGCCUGUGUGUCGAGUACGAUGAGGUUCCGGCCUCCUCAAAAAGGCAGCCUGCCAGCCUCUUGGAUGCUCUGGAGAAGCAUGAUCGGAACAACGGAGAGGCAGAUGAGGAAGAAAGCUUGAUGGGAGAAGAAAAGGCCAAACGUAUGUCAACUCUGUCCCUUCAGUAUGACAAAAAGCUUAUGGAUGAGCAGAAGGGAGUUCGGAAGAAAAUCAAAAUAAUCAGCAACAUGCAAGCUGAUAAAGCGCAAGACCCCUCUGAGCCCAAAAAGACUCGGGCUGCAGCUUUCAUUGCGACGGUGAAGCAGUCCCUGAGCCAGCUGAAUUUUGACUUGUUCUCGCAGUCCUUGAAGGAGUACAAGACCACCAAUGACUUUGAGGCUAUGUUUUCUCAGAUAAGCGCCCUCUUUGCCGAAGAUCAGAAAAAGCAUGUCCUUUUGCAAGAGUUUUACCAGUUUGUCCGACCACAGCACAAAAAGCAAUAUGAUGAAGCUUGCCAUCGCCUGACAGGGAUGGGCUGCGGCUACAAACCAGAGCACAGCCUCCUCCGAGACGAGAGACUGCUCCUGGCUAAGAAAGCAGAGAAGGAAUGUGAGAAAAAAGCCACCUUUUCAGAGGGUUUGUGUGAACAGCUUGACUCUGAGCAGCACUUGAACAAAGGAAGAUCCCACUUAACAUCGACGUCAAAUGCCACAGCAGGAAAUUGUUGCUAUGUGACUGAUGAACCUUUGCAAAAGCCACCUAGUUCUCUAAAGGAGGAACACAACCAAAAAAUCCGGUCAGCCUAUCUGAAUGACCUCAGGACUGCAUUGGACAAAAGUAGCUUCAACAGCUUCUUUUCAGCGCUGUCUGCAUACAAAAAGACAGACGACUAUGAUGCUUUGGUGUCCGUAGUGGCAGCCGUCACCACUGAAAAGCCAGAGCAUUUUCACCUGCUACAAAGAUUCUCUAUGUUUGUGCGCCCACAUCACAAGAAGCAAUUCAGACAGAUGUGCCAGGAACUGACUGGCAUGAGCUGCCCUGGUGAAGGAGGAGAAGGGGUUCAUUUGCCCACCCAGAAGGAUACAGGGAACUCAUGCCACUAUCCAAAAGAAACUGAAAGUCAGGACAAAGCAGCCAGUCCAAUCCCAGGGACCUCUAAGAGUGUGACGGCAGAGCACACCCAAACUGUGGCCUCUCCCACAAACAAGUUGAAAUCACAGAAGGCCAAAGGAGGCUCCCCCGGUUUACGAGCACCCACAAAUUCUGAUAUUCUUCCCACUUCCCCAGUAGGAGGAGAAUUCCAGUGUGUUAAAUGCCAAUCUGAGUGUGUUCCUUUUAAAUGCCAGAUGUGCACUUUUGCUUGUUGCAAAGCAUGCUGGGAGAGUCUGCUAAAGGUUGCCAAGAAAUGCCCACGAUGCCAAGCUGAUACCAAGCGAAGACAUUUGGUCCAGUCUUUUUGGCCAGACCAUCCAUGAAAGAGAUAGUGAUGGCAGUCUCCAUAACUCCAUGAUUGCCCAUAGAAGGAACCAAAGCAUACAUUUAUUUCCGGCACUCUUCUUUUUGUUCACCCAGAUGUUGUCUUCCUCUUUGUUCAUCCAUCAUAAGAGUUCUUCAGUUCUCUGCUGAAGCUGGAAAGAAGCACUGUGGUCUUUCCGAAUUGCAAUCAUACAGGUAUUUUUGAAGAAAUAUUUUUAGAGCUGCUAUGUUAGAGAAAUCAUGAAGAGACUGAUCUGGACCGCUUUGGCCUCUCUAUCUUAGCUUGGGUGAGCCAUGUAUUCUAUAUGGCUCUUCUUCAUACUCCUUACAGCUGUGGCUGCUAUGUGUAUCAGUCAAUAACAACUAAAUUAAAAGACUCCUUGAAAUCAC